AUGGUCAUUAAGAGUAGUGCAGCAGAGGCUAUAAAAACUAAGAAUCAGAAUGGAUAUAAGCUGCAGACAUUGACUAGCUGGUUGUUGAUGCACGAACAAGAUGGGGUUAUUGAUUCUGAACUUACUAUUGUUAUUUCAAGUAUUUCUAUGGCUUGUAAGCAGAUUGCUUCUCUGGUUCAAAGAGCUGGCAUUUCAAAACUUACUGGAGGUCAAGGUGUUGUUAAUGUUCAAGGAGAGGACCAAAAGAAGCUUGAUAUUGUCUCUAACGAGGUUCCAAACACAUUCUUGUCAAGUGGUCGAACAGGGAUUAUAGCGUCAGAGGAAGAAGAUGUACCAGUAGCAGUAGAGGAGAGUUACUAUGGGAACUAUAUUGUCGUGUUUGAUCCUCUUGACGGAUCAUCAAAUACUGAUGCUGCUGUAUCUACUGGCUCUAUAUUCGGAAAUGAUGCUUGCCUUGUCGAUCUUGAAGAUACUACCACGGUACUAACUGGACUGCCUACAUAUUCUCUCGUACCUUCCAUAAGGGAACUUCUAAAAAUAGCUCAUAUCGUAUGUUUCAUUGGUGACAAUAUGGUUUAG